AUGUGCAGCUGUGGUGGAUGGAACUGGGACUGGCGCACCACGUGCCUUGGCUGUGGGUACGCGGCCCCGCCCUGGGCGCUGGAUGCCGCUGCCAAGGCCAAGCCCCAGGCGGACAAGGACGGCUGGGUGGAUCAGCCGCGCGGGCGCCGUGCGCAGCGGCAGGCCCGUAGUGCGGCAACGAGUGCGCCAACCUCCAAGUCGCAGACCUCGGCGUCGGGCGCCAGUGGGACGCCCAGCGGCAGCGGCGCCACAGCGAUCGAGAGGCUGCAAGUGGCGGUCGAGCAGCUGGAGGCGCUGCAGGCGGAGCCACCCGACGGAGUCGACUGUUGCUUCACCGACGUCGUCGCCAGCCAGCUGGAGGCCAAUCGCGCCGAGCUGGCAGAGGCCCAGCGGGCCGCAGCGGAGCAGAAGGCGCCCUCCAUGCCGCUGUCGACGAUGCCCCACAAGGAGGCGAACGCCAUCAGCAAGGCGGAGAAGCGCCUCCGAGCAGCGCGCCAGAGCCUGGAGCAGAAGCAAGAGGCUCAGGGACUCGUGGAGGCCCAGCUGCAGAAGGCCCAGGAGAAGCUGGCGCAGCUCGCCAGCCGUGCGCUCCACGCCCUCGAGGAGGAGGCCAGAGUGGAGGCCGCGGCGCAGCUGCGCCAGCGCGCGGCCGAGUGGGCAGGGGCCAGCCAGGUCCCAGGGCUCUCCAUGCAGCUGGACAAGCUGCCCGAGGCUUGGGGCUCCAGCAACUUCGAAGUGGCGUGGGCGGCCAUUCGCUCCCAGGUGGAGGCAGUGCGCGCGCAGCUUGCCGAGGCCCCUGCCGCCCCGAGGAGAGCGCCCUGGGCGGAGUCGCGCCCCAUGGGCGAGAUCAGCAGCGAGGGCGGCGACCACGCAGGAGGCCGCAGGCCCUGGCAGCCGCAGUGUGCCGCGGAGCGUGGCCAGGCCGAACGACGCGGCGACGCCCGCGGUGAGUGGCCGAAGGUCGCCCAGGCGUGCAAGCGGGAGCUGGCGGCCGAGGCUGAGGACCUGGCCCUUCUUGCUGCUCGCCCUGCUCGCCGCGCCGCUGGGACGGCCCGCUUCGGAGGCACGCGGCCCCUCGACCUCGGGAGUGCGCAGGCCCCGCCGGCGCCUGGCCAGUCUGGGGCGGCAGCUCAGGAUGUCCGCUGCGGGCUGGAGGAGUUCGGGGCCAACGGCAACGUAGGGGUGCGGAGCCUGGAGGGGGCCGGGGCCUCGGGCUCGCGCAGCGGAGCCCCGCCGCGCUUUGUAGGGCCCCAGGCGACCCGCCUGGCUCCACACCGCCUGGGGGAAGCCAGAGGAGCAGAGCGGAGCAUGGGCUCUACGGCGUUCCUCCACGCGUCGGCGCCCACGAACAAGGAGGGCCAGCUGGCGAACUCAGGCGGCGUCGCAGGCUGCAGGCAGAGCUUGUGUGGGGUCACAGUGUCCACUGCGUCAAGCCUGCAGCUGCUGGCAUGCUCGCUGGGGCCCAAAGGCUUCGACCGCGACAACCUCGCUGCCUUCGGCGACACGGUGCUCUACCAGAGACCGCGGUUCAUUUCCGUCGUGGGCCUGGCCACCGAGACGUUCAGCGCCAACGGGACAGGUCUGGCGGGGCCGCUGGGUGUGGCUCGCUACGUCGACGGCGACAUCCCGCUGCAGGCCGUGGGCACGGAGCAGCUGGUGGCCGCGAGGUUCGACAGAGCAGGGCUGCAAGUGGUGCGCCGCCUCCGCGGUCAGCACCUGGCCCUCAGCGCUGCCAAGACGCCCUGCCUCGCCCCAGCCCAGGGCGCCAGCUCGGGGCUGGGCCCGAUCCACCAGGCUGGGCCAGCGGCCAGCAGUGUGAGCGGGCGCGCGGUCACGGACAACGCGGACGGCGAGCUGCACGGUUGGAGGCUUGCGGCCUGUCGCAGCGCAGGAGCGCUCCCCAUGGGCGCAGAGCGAGGGCUGCGCAUGCGCUGUGGCGAGCUCAGGAGGAGGCGUAACCUGGACCCUGCAGCUCUCAGGGCAGGCCACGCAGUCCAAGUGAUGGCGGGCCUGCUGCUGGCAGGCGAGCUGCCGCCUAUGCUGAUGGAGCGGGGGCUGGAGGCGGCGGGGACCAGGCGCGCAAAACCUGGCGCGCCAUGGAAGCAUUGCGCCCGCCCCCUCGACGCGGGAAAGCUGACCCGUGCGUGGAUCGGCUGGCGCUUCAAGCCUGAGCAGUGCAUGGUCGCGGACCUCGGCGACGAGCUCGACCUCAUGCACCGCGGGCCCCAGGAGCUCAGCUGGGGGGCUGGCCCAGGCGCUCGAAGGGCACCCCUUCGUCACGAGAUGCGGAAGCUCAGCCACGACACCUACCUGCUGGGGGCCUGCAUCUCCAACCCGCGCUGGACGCAGGCCAGGCUCCUCGAUGCACGGGAACAGGGGCAAGCACGCUGCAGCGGAGCAGAGAGAGGCACGUCGUGGCACCGCCAGCACGGCAGCCCUGUUCACGAGGCCCAGUGGUACGGCAGAGGCAGCUGGCUGCCUGCGCACAGGCCACCGCAGGGUCGCCGCACCGACGCCGCGGGGGUGCGUUGUUUCCGCAGGCCGCCCGAUGAGAAGCUCAACGGCAAGCUGUACCUCGACGGCGCGACGCUCGAGCCGCUGUUCGGCGACUUGCGCUGGGAGGGCGGAGCCAUUGUGCACCGCGACGGCGGCGGCAACCUGGGGGCAGAGGUCUACGGGGCAGACGGGCGCGACCGCUGCCCGCAGCGGGCGGCCAAGGACGGCGAGGACGUGGAGGCGUGGUUGCUCGCCACCCUCGCUAGGCGAGGCAUCGAGCACGCCGACCGCCUUGCCUUGAGGAGGGCCCAGAUGCAUGCAGUGGACACGCCGACCGUUGGCGUGCACCAGGCGCAGGCCGGGUUCGUGCAGGAUUUCGGGCGCUGGAUCUGGUGCGCCGUCAUCCUCGGGCAAGGCAUCGAGGCCUGGGACGGCGAAGGGCUCCCUCAUGCUGCCGAGCGGCGCCAGGCGCGUUUCGCGGACGCCGGGAGGUCUCAGGCAGCGGAGGAGGCCAAGGGCGAGGGGCCGUCGGCCGAGCGGCCACGGCUGGAGAGCACCCGCUCGACAGGCAACAGCUCGGCAGCCUUUUCGGCCAGUGCAGUAGCCUUCAGCAUCCUGGGACAUGCCCUGUCCUACGCCUGUGCUGAAAAAGGUGAGGACACCCAGGAGCUCGUGGCGUGCUCCAAGUGUGGCGCCUACAUGACGCUGGACGGCCGCUCGGGGGUUAAGCCUCGCCUCAAGGAGCGGUGCUCAGGCGACAAGACCGACAAGGGCGACAGGAACCAGCGCAGCCUGUGGCUACGUGGACUCGAUCCUGGAGGCAGGGGGCCAGAGGGGUCACGAGCUGCCAGGCGCAGAGCGAAAGGAGAGGGCAUCCCCACGCUGCGUUCGCAGGGUCCAGUGCCAGAGCACGCGCAGGAGCGGUGCCUGGAGUGGCUCGGCACGGCAGCGGAGCCAGCGGCAGACCCCUCGGCCACGGCGAGCAGUGCAGGCAGCGCCCCAGCGGCAGCUGCGGAGCUGCGCGUGGCUGCGGACCCAGCUGCGGCGAGAGUGGGGAACCUCGGCGCGUUCGGGGUCGCCGAUGAGGGGCUCGCCGCCGCGGCUGGCACUGAGGGCGGAGCCCUGGAAGGAGCAGUGCGGCGCAUGGGCCCUAUGGCGUUCCUCAGCGCGUCGACGCCCACGGACAAGGAGGGCCCGCUGGCGAGCUCAGGCGGCGUCGCAGGCUGGAGGCAGGGCUGGAGUGGAGUCACAAUGCCCGCUGCGUCAGACCUGCAGCUGCCGGCAUGCUUGCUGUACCUCCGUGGCGCCCUGGGACCUAUAGGCUUCAACCUCGGCAGCUUCGCUGCCUUCGGCGACUUGGUGCUCUACCAGAGACCGCGGUUCGUUCCCGUCGUGGGCAUGGCCUCCGAGACGUGCAGCACCAACGGGACAGGAUUGGCGAGGUGGACGUGUAGCCUCACUGUGGCCAAGCCGCCUGGGCUGGCAACCUUCCAUGCCGCCCCAGCGGGCGGCAGGCCGCUGGGUGUAGCCCGCUGCGUCGACGGCGAUAUCGCGCUGCAGGCCGAGGGCGCGGAGCAACUGGUGGCCGCGUGGGUCGGUGGACAGCUCGGGGUGUGCGGGAAGUCGCAGGGCGGGACCCCCUGCGAGACCUUGCAGGCCAGGAACCUCGGCUCGGACCCCGCCAGCGCGAAGUGGGGAGCACAUGAGGGGCGAGUCCGUGCUGCAGGAGUGUUUCGUCGAGCGCGCACGCUGGACCCGAUCCACAAGGCUGGGCCUGCGGCCAGCGGGGGGUGCGGGCGCACGGUCGCGGCCAACGCGGACGGCGAGCUGCGCAGUUGGCGGCUGACGGCCAGUUGCAGCGCAUGGGCGCUUUCCAUGGGCGCAGUGCGAGGGCUGCGCAUGCGGUAUGCCGAGCUCAGGAGGAGGCGUAUCCUGGACUCUGCAGCCCUCAGGGCUGGCCACGUAGUCCAGAUGAAGGCAGGCCUGCUGCAGGUAGGCGAGCUGCCGCCUAAGAGGAUGGAGCGGGGGCUGGAGGCGGCGGAGACCAGGCGCGCCAGAACUGACGGGCCAUGGAAACGCUGCGCCUCCCCCUCCGACGCGGAGAUGCUGACCCGUCCGAGGAUCGACUGGCACUUCAAGUCUGAGCGGUGCAUGAUCGUGGGCCUCGGUGACGAGCUCGACCUCAGGUACCUCGGGCCUCAGGAGCUGGGAUGGGAGGCUGCCCCAGGCGCUCGAAGGGCGCCCUCUCGUCACGAGACGCGGGAACCUUGCCGCGGCACCUGCCUGCUGGGGGGCCACAUCUCCGACACGCACUGGGCGCAGGCCAGGCCCCUCGUUGCGCGGGAACAGGGGCAAGCACGCUGCUGCGGAGCUGAGAGAGGCACCUUGUGGCACCGCCAGCGCGGCGGCCUUGCGCACGAGGCCCAGCGGCGCGGCAGAGGCCGCUGGCUGCCUGCGGAUUGGCCGCCGCAGGGCCGCCGCCCCGACGCCAUGGGGGCGGGUUGUGUCCGCAGGCAGUACGAUGUGAAGCUCAACGGCAAGCUGUCCCUCGACGACGCGAAGCUGGAGCCGCUGUUCGGCGCCUGGCGCUGUGGGGGCGGAGCCACAGCGCACCGCGACGGCGACGGCAACCUGGUGGCAGAGGUCUACGGUGCGGUCGGGCGCGACAGCGGCCCGCAGCGGACGGCCAAUGGCGGCGAGGGCGAAGUGGCCUGGAUGCCCUCCACCCUCGCAAGGCCAGCGGUGGAGAGGGCUCAGGCGGCGGAGGAGGCCAGAGGCGAGUGGCCUUCGGCCGAGCGGCCGCGCCUGGAGAGCGCCCGCUCGACAGGCAACUGCUCGGCAGCCCUUUCGGCCAGAGCAGUAGCCUUCAGCAUCCUGGGACAUGCUCUGUCCUACGCCUGCGCUGGAGAAGGUGAGGACACGCAGGAGCUCGUGGCGUGCUCUAAGUGUGACGCCUACAUGACGCUGGGCGGCCGCUCAGGGGUUAAGCCUCGCCUCAAGGAGCGGUGCCCAGGCGACAAGACCGACAGGGGCGGCAGGAACCAGCGCAGCCUGUGGCUACGAGGACCCCAUCCUGGAGGCAGGAGACAGGAGGGGUCACGAGCUGCCAGGCACAGAGUUAAAAGGAGAGGGCAUCCCUACGUUGGGUCGCAGGGUCCAGUGCCAGUGCAAGCGCAGGAGCGGUACCUGGAGUGGUUCGGCACUGCAGCGGAGCCAGCUGCAGACCCCUCGGCCUCGGUGGGCAGUGCAGGCAGCGCCCCAGCGGCAGCUGCGGAGCCGCGAGUGGCUGCGGGCCCAGGAGGAGGCCCCUCGGACGCGGCCGCCGCGGCGGCUGUCGCCAGCUUGCCCAAGCGGCGCCCUGCUGCAGCGAGUGAGGGGGGCCUCGGCGGGAUCGGGGUCGUCGAGGAGGAGCUCGCCGCCGCGGUUGGCCCUGCGGGCGGAGCCCUGGAGGGCCGCAGGGUACGACGCCGCGUGGCGCGCCGUGGCGGCCUGUCCGUGCCGCAGCGGAGCGCAGCCAAGCUGAACGGUAUGGCAACGCGCUUGGCGAGUGGCCGCAGGUGGCGCAGGCUUGCAAGCGGGGGCUGGCAGCCGAGGCUGCGGACCUGGCCCCUUUGGCUGCUCGUCCUGCUGGCCACGCUGCUGGGAGCAGGGGCGGAGGAGCCCCGCCAGAGCAGGCGAGUGCCUAGUGAGGCCAGCGCUGCGGGGCCACGCCAGCUUGGCGGCAGCAGCGCCGAGGUGGCCCGCCUGGGCACCAAGCAGCCCAACGCCCUCGGGGAAGCGCCCGCCCCGCCAGCACCAGGGCGGACAGCGGCGGCGGCACGGGGCACCAGAGGAGGGCUGGAGGACUUCGGGGCCUCGCCCACAGGGGUGACGGGACGAUCCCUGGUGCGGAUCGACUGGCACUUCAAGUCGGAGCAGUACUGGGUCGCGGAGCACGGCGGCGACUUCGAUCCUAUGACCCUCGAGCCUCGGGCGCAGGACCUGGGGGUGGGCUUGGCCGCUCGGCAGGCCAGGGACCUGAACCUCCACCGACACUCGGCCCUCACCCACGCCAUGCGCCAGGCCCUCGAUGUAGCGCUGCAGAGGCCCACAGCUGACAGGACGCGGCGCUGGCAGCCCUCGCACGAGGCCUGGUAUGUUCGGCAGGUGGCGCGUGUCCUGGCCGAUGCGGAGGCAGCCACCGCAGCGGCCUGCGAGAAGGACGAGGUCGGGGCCCUCGAGUUCGGCACCAGCGAGUGGAGCGACCUCAUUGGCCAAGCAGGCGUACCCAGGCAUCCCGAGGCGACGGCAGUGAUGGCGGACCUGCUGCAGUCAGCGGAGCUGCCGCUCAGGCGGAAGCUCAGCAGCGACCCCCUCUUGCUUCGGCCGGCGCUCAGGGGCGCCAUCGGGCAGCUGCUCGGGCCAGGUAUCGUGCUGUGCGUGAGGGGGCAGCACGUGCGUGGUGGCCACAUCUCCAACACGCACUGGACGAUGCGUAUCUGGAGGACUCGCAAGCCAGUUGACGGCAGGCUCAACGGCAAGCUGUACCUCGAUGGCUCAGCCAAGAGCAGCCGCUCGACGGGGAGCAGCACGACCGCCCUCUCGGCCAUUGCUGUCGCCUUCAGCAUCCUGGGGCACGCGCUCUGCUACGCCUGCGCGGGCGAAGGCGAGGGCGCCCAGGAGAUCGUGGCCUGCUCCAGGCGCGGGGCCUACAAGGUGCUGGGCAGCCACGCGGGAGCCGAGCCUCGCCUGAAGGAACGGUGCCCAGGCGAUAAGACGAGCAAGUCAGGCAGGAACCAGCGCAGCCUGUGGGGGCGAGGGCUCCGUCCUGGAGGCAGGCCACGAGCGGACAAGCAGAGAGUGAAGGGAGAGGGCAUCCCCGCUCUGCGUUCGCAAGGGCCAGUGCCGGGACACGCCCAGGAGCGCUACCUGGAGUGGCCCGGCAUCGAAGCCGAGUCUGCAGGUGGCGCCUCGGCCGCAGCCAGCAGCUCAGGCAGUGGCCCAGCUGCUCCCGCGGCGGUGCAGGCGGCGGAGGUUGCGGCUGCCAGCCUGCCCCUGCAGCAGCCAGCCUCGGCGAGAGCUGGGCUCCUCGGCGUGCGCGGGACCACCGAGGAGGGGUUCGCCGCCGCGGACAGCACGGCGAUCGACGGCCAGGCGCAGCCCCGCGGCCUGCGCGGCAGUGGCCAUGGCGAGGUCCCCGUGCAGUGGCGGCAGCGGCAGGCGCAGCAAGUCCUACUGGAUGUGCAGCUGCGGCAAGUGGAAUUGGGACUGGCGCACCUCUUGCCUGGGCUGCGGGUGUGCGGCCCCGCCAUGGGCGACUGGGACGCCCCCGCCCACGGCGAGGCCUAUGGCAGACCAGGACGGCUGGGUGGAUCAGCCACGUGGGCGCCGUGCCCAGAGGCAGGCCCGCGGAGCGGCCACGCGGGCAGCAUCCACCAAGUCGCAGACCUCGGCCUCGGCAGCGAGUGGGACGCCCAGAGGCUCCAGGCGGCCGUCGAGCAGCUCGGGGCGCUGCAAGCAGAGCCCCCAGACGGAGUGGAUGGGUGCUUCACCGACGUCGUGGCCAGCCAGCUGGAGGCGAAGCGUGCGGGAGCUGGUCAAGGCCCAAAAGCGGACGCCAUCAGCAAAGGCGAGAAGCGGCUCCAGGCAGCCCGCAUGGAGUUCGAGCAGAAGCAGGAGGCGCGCGACCUCGUCGAGGCCCAGGGCCACCUGGCCCAGGAGAAGCUCGCGGAGCUCGACGAGGAGUUGGAGGUGGCGAGCUUGGCGCCCCAGGCGCUCGAGGAAACAGCCCGCGAGGAAGCCGAGGCGAUGCGCCGCCAGUGCGCAGCCGAGUGGACAGGAGCCAGCCAGGCACCAGGAUUCCUCAUGCAGCUGGAGAAGUUGCCAGAAGCGUGGGGCACCAGCAGCUUCGAGGUGGCCUGGGCGGCUAUUCGCGCCCAGAUGGAGGCAGUGCGGGCGCAGCUCGAGGGGGCACCACUGGCCUCCAAGCGCACGCCGUGGGCCGAGUCCUGCCCCAUGGACGAGGUCAGCGGCAACGUUGGCGGUCUCGCAGACUGCGGCGGCGUCUGGCAGCCCCAGCCAGCAGCGGAGCGAGGCCAAGCCGAGCGGUGCGGCAAAGCGCUGGGCGAGUGGCCCACGGUGGCCCAGUCGUGCAUGCGGGAGCUGGCGGCAGAGGCAGCGGACCUGGCUCCCUUGGCUGCUCAUCCUGCUGGCAAGGCCGCUGGGAACCGCCUCGGGCGGGCGCAGCCAGGGCCAGCGAGUGCCGAGUGGAUCGAGCCCGUGGGCAGAGCAGGGGUACCUGAACCUCCUGAGGCGAUGGCCAGGAGUGCGAGUCCACAGCUGCCUACGGCGCGAGCGCAGAGACGUGAAGGGGCGGCUGCCAGUGGCGGGGGAGCCGCCACGGGCGUGAACCAUACCUCGGCCGUCCGCGACGAGGUGCAGGCCCAGUGGAUUGGCAACAGGCACCUCGAGUUGGAGAGGUACACGGUCAUGGACCUCGGCGGCGCGUCCAACUCCAUGUUCCUCGAGGCGCGGCCGUGGCCAGGAGUCAAGGAGAACGCGACGCCGCGGCGAGCACGAGGUGGAGGUGACGGCGAACGCUACAGCGAGCAGUACGUCAUUGGCUGGGCCGCGAGCAGCGGAGGGCUCCUGCCUGCCAGAGAGAACCACUUGGCCGCGGCAGCCCUCUCGGCCACCGCGGUCGCGUUCUGCGUCCUGGGGCACGUGCUCAGCUACGCCUGCGUGGGCGAAGGAGAGGAUGCCCAGGAGAUCGCGGCGUGCACCAAGUGCGGCGCCAACAAGAUGCUGGGCGGACGCGCAGGAGGCAGGUCUCGCCUGAAGAUGCAGUGCCCAGGGCCCAGCAACCUGACGAACAAGUCGAGAGACCAGCGCAGCCUGUGGGAGUGA